AUGCCGUUAUCCGAUGAAGAAUUUCAACGAUUUCAGAAUGAACUGGUCAAACUUAAAACCGACAAUUAUCAAUUGGAAGAUCAGAAUAAAAAAUUAAUUGCAGAAAACAAUCAUUUGAAAAGUCAAAUUGAAAGUAAUGAAAAAGCAAGUAUUAAUUUACCUAUUCCCGCAAAGAUGUUACCGUUUAAAAUUCGUCGUGCACCUACCCGUGAUAUCGAUGAUGUUCAUCGUGAAAAUGAAGUUUUAACACGUAAAGUUCAUACACAAGAAGAAGAUUUCAAAUUACAAAAUGAAACAAUGAUGCAUGAAUUGAAUGAAUAUAUGAACAAAGUCAAAGAACUUGAAAAUGAAUUAAAAAUGUAUCAAGAUGGUCGUCAUACAAAUUCGAGUAUUUCACAAGAUAGAAUGGACAAUUUGAAUGUUAUUCAAGAAGAAAAUCGACGUCUAAAAGCAGAGAAUAAUGUCUUACAAAAGAAACUUUCCGAAUUAUCUGCCAAAACUGUAGAGUCGAUCUCGACAGCAAGUUCAAGUAAUGAAUCAUUCCAAAAAGAAGAUGUUGAAGUCGAAUGUGAUGAUAACCGUAGUGAAACUGGUCUCGUGCAUGUUGUUACCACAAAACCAUCGAAUGAUGAAACGAAAGUAUUCGAUACGAGUAGUAUUCGGCUGGAAACCGAACUGGAAGAAAAACGACUUUUGCAAGAACAAUUUCGUCAAUUAGAAAUCACAACAUCUGAAACGAAUCGAAAACAUUUGAAAGAGAUCGAAGAUUUAGAACAAAAGCUCGAUGAAAAACAAAAAUCUUUCCUCCAAUUGCAACACGAUUCCGAAAAACGUAUCCAAGAUCUAAUUGCUGAAAACAAUAAUAUGAAAACAACCAAUGAAGUACAGAUUGACGUAUUCAAAUCUGAUAUCAAACGUUUACAGGACGAGAUUCAAACAGUAACCAAAACCAAAGAUGAUGAAAUAAGUAAAUUCCAAAAACGUUACCAUGAUUCACAAGCCAUAAUCGAUCAAUUAGAAUCGCAGAUUGGCACAGUAGCUGCUGAACAAAAUCAGCAAUUGCGUGACACUAACGCUGAACAUCAACGCAUUCUUGAAAAUAAAGAAUUGCUGCUUAAUCAAACGAUUAUCGAUCGUGAUUAUCUACGCACUGAAACUGAGCAAUCGAAGGAAGCAUAUGAAACUUUGAUGCAAACUGUUCAAAUACUGGAAGAACAAGUGACGAUAACUACGAAGAAUCUUGAAUCUCAACAACGCUUGGCGGAACAACGGAAGGCUGUGAUUGAUGAAAUGGCCGCGAAUAAUCUACAAGUUGAGGAAAAAGCGAAAUUAGCUUUGCAAAGUCAGAAGGAAAAGUAUCAAACAGAAAUCGAUAAAUUCGAAAGAGAAAUCAAUGAAUUAAAGAUCAAAGAUCGAACGCUGAAACAAACCCAAACGCGAUGUGCGGAAUUAGAAAGUCGAAUGAAAUCUGAUGAAGAACUGAAGCAAGUUUUAUCUAUUCGUUUAGAAGAAUUACAAGCGGAAAUUGACGAAAUGAAGAAAAAUUUCGAAAGUCAAAUCAAUGAACAACAGAUACAAAACGAAAAACAACAGAGUCAAGAAAGGCAAGAAUAUCAAGAACAAAUUCAAAAUUUAACAGAAAUUCUCAGUACAAAAGCCCGUACAAUCGAGGAAUUAAACGCACAAAUCGAUAUGUUAAAACAGGAAGCGUUGACAUUUAUUGAUGAAAAGCGAACACACGAAAGAAAAGGAGCAGCUUUAAUGAAAGAUUUACAAAAACAAUUGACCGCCGAAAAGAAGAAAAAUGAACGAAUGCAAGAGAAAUUGACUGAAUUGCUCUCGGGAGAUAAAGCCGCACUUGAUGAGCUUUUCUAUAUCCCGAAAACAGAUGGAAGUCGUCAAGGUGACACAGCGUCCGUUUCAUCCUAUAGUGGAACUGGAUAUUUUGAUCGAGCUUCGGUAACAUCGACACAGAUGAGUUCAAUGACGUUGGAACAAGAAAAUAAAGAAUUAAUACAAAAAUUAUCCCAGAGCCAAAAAGAACGCGCGAUUCUCGAAGAAAAAGUUCGACAUUUAGAAUCAUCAAGUUCAUCAAUGGCAAGUGACCUUGUUCAAUAUUACUCCAGUGAUAAACGCGCAUCAAUAACCGGUAUAAAUACUCGUGUUUCGACUCCACCGUCACGUCGUCGGCAAACUCCUUCAGCCGAUCGUCAAAGCAACUCUUCAUUGAACUUCCGACAUUUGCUCGAAAAUCUCAGCGGGACGAAAAGUCAAUCGACCAAUGAUGAGAAAAUCAAGAGUUUACAACUUUUAUUGGAAGAAACUUUAACCAAAAACUUGCAUCUACAAGAAGCUAUUCAAUCUAUGUCACUACAAUUAGCAAAUCAAUCAUCCCAACAUCAAUAUUUCCUUUCUGUGAUUAUGCCGGUUUAUGUCGACUUAAAACAAACUAUCUUGCGGCAAUAUUACCGUCGUUUAUAUUCUUUUCAACUUUUACCGAUGAAUCAAAGACUUAUUACCAUUCUCUUACCGUUGCUCCUUUUAUCGGGAAUUGUUAUAGUUUAUCGUUCUUAUCGAGUAUCUGAUAUCAUAACUGUUGUUUCAGAUAAACCCGUUCGUGUUGACUUUUUCGUCAUGUCAAAGUGUCCUGAUGCUCGAAAAUGUGAAACAUUAUUCGCUCCGAGCUUAAUCAAACUCUCUUCAAUUAUUAAUUUUACUGUUUCUUUUAUCGCUUAUGAAACUCAACCGAAUAAAAUCGAGUGUAUGCACGGACCUGACGAAUGUGCAGGCAAUAAACAACAACUAUGUGUGCAAAGUAUGUGUUCUCAAACGACUUUACUUAAAUUUCUUCAAUGUCAAUCGAGACAAUUGGGAAACAUUCCAAACAAUGGCGAACAAUGUGUUAAAGAAGCAUCAGAUGGAUCAUUGCAAUGGUCUGAUGUGGAUGCAUGUGUGAAAUCUGACAAAGCAAAUGAAUUAUUUCGGCAAUCAUUGGAAAGAACGCGAUCUGCUUCGGCAAAGAAAUCGUGUACGAUGAAAUUGAAUGGUGAACUUUGGUGUAUGCAUGAUGGAGGUUGGUAUGGAUGCUCUGAAGGUACGGAUGAGACGAGUUUCAUUCGCGCAGUCUGUAAGCGAUACAAUGGCAUCAAUAAACCAGCUGAGUGCGCUGUUUAA